AUGCGUCGCUCUGCAUUGCGGGCCAUCGAGUCCGCAAAGCCUCUGACACGGGCUCCUCACUCGGCGUCCAGAAGCUUUGCUACUAUUAAGGAUUCCGCGAAGGACCCUGCCGAGCUCGAUCAAGUCACAACACUUCCAAACGGAGUUCGCGUCGCCACGGAAUCAUUACCGGGUCCUUUCGCGGGUGUCGGAGUCUACGUCGAUGCCGGUUCUCGCUACGAAGAUGCAAGCUUGCGUGGAGUUAGUCAUAUUAUGGACCGAUUGGCCUUCAAAUCGACCAAGGCCAGGUCCGCGGAUGAGAUGCUAGAGGUUCUCGAGUCGCUGGGUGGAAAUAUUCAGUGUGCGUCAUCGCGAGAGGCAAUGAUGUACCAGUCUGCCAGUUUCAACUCUGCGGUUCCUACAACUCUUGGUCUUUUGGCGGAAACUAUCAGAGAUCCCUUGAUCACUGAUGAGGAAGUUGCUGAUCAGCUUCUUACCGCUGAGUACGAGAUUGGUGAGAUUUGGGCUAAGCCGGAGCUCAUCAUGCCAGAGCUUGUCCACAUGCAAGCUUACUCGGGUAACACUCUCGGCAAUCCCCUGCUCUGCCCGGAGGAGAGGCUAGGCGAGAUCAAUAAAUCAGUGGUAGAACGCUACCGGGAGGUUUUCUUUAACCCAGACCGAAUGGUCGUUGCCUUCGCUGGCGUUCCUCACGAAGAAGCCGUCAAGCUCACACAGCAGUACUUCGGAGAUAUGAAGAGCCGCGAUGUCGCUCACAGCAAAGGACCUGUCCUGUCAGGUACCGGAAUCGAUACCAUUUUGUCUGACUCCCACGCCGCUGCGAAGGAGGGCCAGAUCCCAACUGUUCCCCAAUUCACAGCCUCUUCGACCGUGAGCAGCCCCGCCGCUUCCGAAAGCACACAUUCGUCAAUCCUGUCGAAGCUCCCUUUCCUCAAGAACCUCUCAUCUCCACAAAAACCUGCAUCCGUUGAACCCCUUCAUUCCUCUUUGCUCGAGCCCUCCGGAUUGGACCUCCGCCGUCCUUCUCACUACACCGGUGGCUUCUUCAGCCUUCCCCCGAUCCCGCCCCCAGCGAACCCAAUGCUGCCCCGACUUAGCUACAUCCACCUUGCCUUCGAGGCACUCCCCAUCUCAUCUCCCGAUAUUUAUGCUCUCGCUACCCUUCAAACCCUCCUGGGCGGUGGUGGAUCUUUCUCGGCUGGUGGCCCUGGAAAGGGAAUGUACUCUCGCCUGUACACCAAUGUCCUGAACCAGCACGGUUGGGUGGAAAGCUGCCAGGCCUUCAAUCACAGCUACACCGACAGCGGCGUCUUUGGCAUCCAGGCCUCAUGCAGCCCAACCCGAACAACAGAAAUGCUCGAGGUCAUGUGCCGCGAGCUCCAGUCGUUGACUCUGGAUAACGGCUACUCUGCUCUGCAAACCCAGGAAGUGAACCGAGCAAAGAACCAGCUUCGUUCUUCACUUCUCAUGAACCUCGAGUCCCGCAUGGUUGAGCUCGAGGAUCUGGGUCGUCAGGUCCAGGUUCACGGUCGCAAGGUUAGCGUGAAGGAGAUGUGCGACCAGAUCGAGGCUUUGACCGUCCAAGAUCUUCGCCGCGUCGCUCGCCAGGUUUUCGGCGGCAACGUGCGGAACCCUGGUAACGGAACCGGCAAGCCUACUGUCGUCUUGCAAGAAGGUGAGCUUGAGGGCUACAAGCUCCGUUCAUUUCCUUGGGAGGAAAUCCAGGAGCGCAUUUCACGCUGGAAACUGGGUCGUCCUUGA